CCAGCUGGCCGAGUUUCUGGCUAAGAUGGGAAAAUCUCUGUCAUGUGUUCAUCCUGUUCAGGCGGGUGCGCAGUGAGGCUGGGUGGUUGGUACUGCAGCUCUGUGCCGGGACACUGAGGUGUUGCUACAUCCAAUACCUGCCUGUGUGUCUCUGUCUCGCUGCGUGGGUGUUUGUGUGUGUGUGUGCUCCUUUGCCACGUUUACAUCCAAAAACCACUGUGUUGGCUGCCUCCGAGUUUUUAUUUGUUAAGGUGACCGGAAUAUUCACUGGCGCCUGUUCCUGUGAUGAAUCGGGAGGUGGGGAGGAGACCACUUUCUGCGUUUUUUGUUGCGGGUGAGAUGCUGAGUUGAGCACAGCCUGUGAACCGGCUUGUUGUGUAGGAGGGAGAGGAUUUCACAAACAGAGUCGACAUGGCAGCCGUGGACAAUCUGAAGAUCUCCGAGGCCGAGAUGGAGAGCUACUAUCUGCUGUGCAGUGCCUGUUUACUGCUGGAAUCCACAGUGAGAAAUGACUUUGUACCUGAAAUCGCAAACUCCAUUUGUGCAAAAAGUAUUUCUGAGGAUCUGAAGAAAAAGUUUGCUUUCCUUCCAGGUGGACGUGGAAAGGAUGAUGCUGUGAUUAUUACUUUCCCUGAGUGCCCCAGCUUCAGUGAGAUUCCAGGCGAGGUCAUUGAGAAGGUUCUUACGUACUUGACUGCUAUUCCAAGUGUUCACAAAUCGGAAAUCAAGUUCAUCAUUAUCUUGGACAGGCGCCUGGAUACAUGGACGUCCAUCAAAGCAGCUCUGGUCCAGAUUGCGGCCACGUGUCCAGAAAACCUGCAGCUGGUGCUGGUCCUGCGCCCCACCGGAUUCUUCCAGCGUGCCAUCUCUGACAUUAGCUUCCGAUUCAAUCAGGAUGACUUUAUCCUGAAACUCCCAGUUGUUAUGUUGAGUUCGGUCACCGAGUUGUUGAGGUAUAUCGAUGAAACCCACCUGACACACGAAUUUGGUGGCACGCUUGAUUACUGUCACAACGAGUGGAUUCUGUUCCGAACGGCUAUCGAGAGCUUCGCUGUGAUGGUGAAGGAGAUUGCGCAGAUGCUGCAGGCAUUUGGAACAGAUCUGGCUGAAGCUGAGCUGCCCAAUAAUUUACAUUCCGUAGAGGACCUACUUAUCGCCAGAACUGAGAAAUAUAAUCAGCUUAAGAAUGAUGUUCAGAGGGUAAUUAAGGAGGGUGACCUGCUCCUGACCAACCUCACGGAGCCUGACAGUAAUGCACAGUGUAUGAUGGAGAAAGAUGGAGACCGAGCGACAGUGAAAAGACUCCUUGCCCAGCUGCAUGAGAUGGAGAUGGCUUUUGAUGGCUUUUGGGAAAAGCAUCUGCUUAAACUUGAACAGUGUCUACAGCUGUGGAGAUUUGAACAAGCUUUCGAAGAGGUUAAAGCUGCCUUGGAUUAUUUAGCAUCUGAGGGUGGAGAUAUUCCAGAAACUGGUGACAAUGUGGCUCAUUCAGAACAAGCUCUUCGAGAGUUAAGUAACUUUGAUGAACAAUCUCAGGAACUAAUUGACAAUGCCCAGCUGCUGCUUUCACAAGGAGACCAGUUGAUAUCCAAUCACCAUUACGCAGAGGAUUUAAUCCGCGAGAAAUGCAAGGAACUCCGCCACUGCUGUGAUGACCUGCUCGAUGAAAUGAGGAGCAAAUAUGUCACCCUUAACAAAUCACUGGAGCUUCACACUCAGCUGCAGCAGGGUCUGCAAUGGUGUGAUGAAGGUGCAUAUCUCCUCGCCUCUCAGCCCAUGGACAAGUGUCAGUCACAGGAAGGAGCAAAGAGAGCACUGCAAGAAAUUGAGAAAUUUCUAGAAAGCUCAGGAGAUGACCUACUGUGUGAUGCUGAAGAGUUAUACAGUGAAUUUGGACUCAUCCUCACAACACCCAUUAAGGCCCAGAUCCAGAUGGUCCAUGAGAAGCUGGAAAGCGUGCACGCAAUGUUCGAGCAGCGACAAUUGUCCCUGAAGAAACUGGCUGUCAAGCAGGCCCGUCCUGUUCAACCAGUAGCACCACGACCAGAACCCUCUGCUCUGUCUUUAAAGAGCCCUUUCAAUUCACCGAAACACGCAGUAGAUUCGAGUUCUGGGUCGAAAUUCCCAUUUGACAUUUCCCUGUAUGGAAAGAGAAACUCCAGAAAACCGCAGAAUGCAAAGAAGAUUGAGGUUAUGCAUGAAAUCAGUCAAACAAGAAAUGCAUUGUACUCCCUAAAUUCCGAAAGUGAUGACAGCGUGGAAAUCCUAAAAGGGCACGUGAUAAAUGAGCUGAUUGAGACGGAGCGUGUGUAUGUGGAGGAGCUGAGCAGUGUACUACAGGGUUACAAAAUGGAGAUGGACAAUCCAAUGAUGAUAUCGCUCAUGCCUUCCUUAUUGGAGAACAAGAAGGAGGUAUUGUUUGGGAAUAUGUCAGAGAUCUAUGAUUUUCACAGCAGGAUUUUUCUUAAUGACCUUCAGAACUGCAUCGAGAUGCCAGAGAAAGUAGGAGUCUGCUUCCUUCAGAGGAGGGAGAAUUUCCAAAUGUAUGUGAAAUACUGUCAGAACAAGCCACGCUCAGAACAUCUCUGGAGACAGUGCUCAGACUGCCCCUUCUUUCAGGAAUGUCAACGUAAACUAGACCAUAAACUUGGGCUGGACUCAUACUUACUGAAACCCAUCCAACGGUUAACAAAGUACCAGCUAUUACUGAAGGAAUUAUUGAGGUUCAGCAGUAAUGGUGAGGGAACCCAGGAGUUACAUGAAGCUCUCACAGCUAUGUUGAACUUACUGAAGUCAGUGAAUGACUCCAUGCACCAGAUUGCUAUCACAGGAUAUAACGGCAACCUGGAAGAAUUUGGUCCACUUUUGAUGCAGGGCUCGUUCAACAUCUGGAUCAACCACAAGAAAGGUCCCACCAAAAUGAAGGAUCUCGCUCGCUUCAAACCCAUGCAACGCCAUCUCUUCCUUCACGAGACAGCACUUCUGUUCUGUAAGAAACGCGAGGAGCAUGGAGAAGGUUAUGACAAAGCACCUUCUUACAGUUUCAAACAUUUCUUAAAAAUGAGCGCUGUCGGAAUCACGGAGAAUGUUAAAGGAGAUCGGCGGAAGUUUGAAGUCUGGAACAGUGGCCGUGAAGAAGUGUAUCUCAUUCAAGCUCCAUCAGUCGAUGUUAAGGUGGCCUGGUUGAGUGAGAUGAGGAAAGUAUUAACAAAUCAACAGAGGCUCCUUCGAGAUGACAGCCAAUCUCAUCAUCAUCAUCUUACAGAUCAGAUUCUUCUAUCCCCAGGGAAACAGAAAACAGCCUCUUUAAGCUCAGAGGAAAACGAUUCUGAGCUGACAAAUCCUGUGAUUUUGGAAAACUUCUCUCUGUCCCCUCAGCAUCUUUCAACACGGAAAGACUGGACCGGGACUUUACGUUAUGUUGAAGCCUCUGAGGGAAAUGAUGGCUGGUCCAGUAACAAUGACACUGAGGAAGAGGAUUCAAAUCAACUGUCCCCUGGGAGGUACAAAGCUCGCACAGAUGGCAAAACCCUGGAUUCUGAUGAGCUGUUGAUCAAAACAGGAGAUGUUGUCCAGUUAAUGCAUGAGAACGGUGAAGGACAGUGGUUUGUGAAAAACCUGAACCGGGGGCAGCAAGCGUGGAUUUCUGUCAACAGUCUCCAGAUUAUCGUUGGUGACUGUUGCUCUCAAACCUCCAGCUCAUCAGGUUUGGAUAUUCAUAAGAUAAGGAAAGUCAGUUCAUCGCCCUGACCAGAACGAUGCAGGGUUGCCAGUCCCUUGGACAUUCUCCAUAUAGCAAUCCUCUCUUUCCCCUCAAACAGCUUCACCAUAUCCAGGUUUCCUCUGUGUUGGAGGAUCUUUGCAGGUAGAAUGUUGCUCCAUAUGUACUUCAUGACACUUGUCAGCAGGGACCAAUGAGAUCCCAGUCCCAUAAAUCACAGAGCAGGUGGAAAGCAAGGUCAUUGUGCAAUAAUUCGGAGAAGGAUUGUGAAGGUGUGACUUUGUGAGCUUCGAGGUAGUGGAGGUCGUUCAGUGAUGGAACGAUGAGCAGGUUCUGGACCUUUUACUGCCAUUUCAGUCAAAGGCACGCCAGUCUGGACACAGCCUCACUGGCUGCUGCGUUCUCCUGGCUGAACUCAUGGUGUACUCAAGGAGAAGACGCUCCUGGUUCUGUAAUUGCUGAGUAUUUAAUGUGUGGAUGCGCGAUCAUUCUGAGGAAAUGUUGUUCACGUAAUCCAUAUUUUUAAUCUUGUGUUACACAGAAAAAUAAUGUAACUGUGCAAGUUCUGUGUUUUUCUCGAUUACACACGUUGACAUUGUUGAUGAACAUUUAUAUGUAAUUAUGACUUUCACAAGGCUUCUUAUGGAAGUAUUUAGAAUGUUGGUAUGUUUUCAUACUUUAAUUUCUGUUUGCAAACAAGGGAUCAGGAUCGCAGGAUUUCUCAUUGGCCUGAAACCCAUGAUCCAUUAUUACUUAUUGUACGUGGCAGCUCAUGUCCAUUGCCUUGUUAUAACAGUUUGUAUGCAUCUGUAAACGCUCCUUCCCAUUAUUUCCUGUCCUUUCUUCCCUUUGAGUGCUCCCUUUCGUUUUUUGCUGUUUCCCCCUGACCCCUUCCACUCCUGCUCACCCCCAAUGCUGCAGGCUUGCUGUUUGAUUUACAAUUUCCACUCAACACACAGAAUCCCUCCUUUGAAGGAGAUUGAGAAUCCAAAUCUCCAGUAGCAAAAUCUAAUGGGAGAAAUUGGUGAGCAAGAAGGCUGCAGUCCUGCUAAAUAUUAAUUCAAUAUUUAAAACAACAGUAAAAGCCGAAGUCCAAAGGAAAUGUAGAUGCAAUUUCUAUCACCCUAGAAUGUUGGAGGCUGAGGGGUGACCUUCUAGAAGUUGAUAAAAUCACGAGGGGCAUGGAUAGGGUAAAUAGUCAAAAUCUUUUCUCCGGUGUGGUGGAGUCCAAAACCAAACUGGAUAGGUUUAAGGUGAGAGGGGGAAGAUUUAACAAAGGAUUUGAAGGACAACCUUUUCACACAUAGAGUGGUGUGUGUAUGGAAUGAGCUGCCAGAGGAAGUGGUGGAGGCUGGUACAAUUACAACAUUUAAAAGGCAUCUGGAUGGGGACACGAAUAGGAAGCGUUUAGAGGGAUAUGGGCCAAGUGCUUGCAAAUGGGACUCGGUCAGAUUGGGAUGUCUGGUCAGUGUGGAUGAAUUGUACUGAAGGGUCUGUUUCUGUGCUGUAUGACUCUAUCACAUUGCUUCCUUUGAAUCUUUGUGGUUAACUCAUGUGAUUCAUUGCAUCAAACUCAUUAUAUUCACUGAGGCAAUACUGGAGAAUAUGUUCCUUACUCUUACCUAUUCCCUUCUCUCUCUUGCUGUUGUAAACUUGGUGGCCCUUGUCAAUUCUGCCUCAUCUGCAUAGCGCAUAUACUUCCUUCAUCCAAAGAUGAGAUCUUCAGUUCUUUAUUCCUCCAAUUUCCAUGUGUCUGCCCAUAUGUCUUCCCAUCAUAGCCCUGCAUUUCAAUAUUUGCAGGUCUCCCCUGUGACAUGGCCUGUUAUCAGUUCUCCUCAGAAUGUAUCAAUCUAUCAGAAUGCAGUUGUUGUUUCACUAACAGUGAAGAGUACAGUGAAUGCUGACUUCAGUUUGACUAAGUAUCUUACAUCAGGGAGUAGAAUUUCCACUCCUUUUGAUGGAAGUGGUGACGUGAUGCAAUAAUGCGGACCAGAAAACUGCAAAAAUCAUCAGUGAAAAGCAAAGUCCUCCGUGCACAUGUCUCUGGUGAAUUUAAACCUUGCUAUGCAUUCAGCAGUUAGAAAAUGGUGGACAUCUUUCACAUUGCAACCUCAAACCUUGCACAAUGCAUGAUACCCAGCACCAUUUUGUAGUUCACUUGUUUUCCUUGUAAUUGUUUUUAAACCAGGAUUGCUAGCUGUACAAAACUCAGUGAUUAUUUAAUCCUUGUUGUUAUUUAUCUAUUUAUAUUUGCUGUUAAGUUAAUUGCACUGUGCUCAAUGCUGUUAUUUCUCGAGAGAAUUGUACUCCACAAGGAUGCUUUUUAAGUUAAAUGGACCGGGAGUCCAGGUAUUUGCAUUAUUUUUUUUGUCAAUCCUCUGAAACUGUACAUUGCUGAAGGCCAGGGUCUCGAGUCAUCAGAAUCUCAAUGUCAUGCUGGACCACUUCAGAGGAGCAUUAAGACUCCACACAAGUUUUUGUGGGGACUGGAGUCACAAAUACACUUCGAGUGAGAAAGGUCAGCAGCUUUCCCUCCUGAUCAAUGAACAAGUUGGUUUUUACAACAAUCCAGAAGCUUAACGUUCACUUUUACUGAUGUUAACGUUUCAUUUCAAGGUUUUUUUUAAAGAAGAAAAUUUGAAUUCCAAAUCUUAAACUGUUAAUGGUGAAUGUAUACUUAAGUCGUGAGGAUUAAUAGUCCAAACCUGUUAAGUACUGUGGCCCAGUAAUGUACCUCGACCCAAUGAUUAUUGAAGCAGGAAGAAGCUGUUAUUCAAAUGCAACUGCAUUGUCAAGCCUCCACAGUGUAUUUACUGACACAAUGGUAUUUGAAAUUAUUUUCUCUGGAUUAACUAGUUUGGUAACAUAAUCACUCCACUCCCUUCUCAGAAGCAGAUGGAAAUAAACUCACUCUGGAUUUCACCCCCAAACCUUGUGCAUAGACCCAGCCUGUUACUCUUUCAUUAAUUAAGUAUCAGCAUUUUGCCCUCACUGUUAUUUAGAAAUAUUUUGCUACUAUCUGCAUUCUGUUCACUUCAGACGGUUCCCAAUUCAGUUGAUACAAAGGCCAGCAUUACCAGAAAGAGCAACAAUUGAUUGAAAUUCUCCUUGAAUCCAACUCUUGACGUGUUUGCCAUUACCAAUCUGGCUUCUCCAUUCCAGUCAAAUUGUCACCUUCCUUUUAAUCUAUAAUUGCAGCUGAAUCCUUUGUUGUGUAGUUUAUCUAAACCAGCUAACUCGUUUAUUUAAACCAGCUAACUCAUUUAUCUAAACCAACUAACUCUUUUAUGUAAAGCAGCUAACUCAUUGCAAUUUACUGGUUGUGGAAAGAGGAUUGAGAGGUGUUGGAAGGGAAAGGGUUAAAAAUUGAACCUACCAACUCAUUUGUGAAUUUAAUUCAUCAUCAGGCAGCUAGCUCUGUUCUGAGGCACUCUGCCCAUUUGGCCCUGAAUACAGAGGCACAUCAAAAAUGAAAGAUUUUCCAGUGUAUUAAAUGACCGUCUCUAUUUUCAUUUAGUUUAAUGUUUCAGCCUCACCUCAUUCUUCACUGAAGAUCAGGGUACUCUGUGCUUGCUGAGAAGGUAGCUAAAGGGUUCAUUGGUGACAUAACUUUCCUGCUUAACUUCAAUUUUAUUCAAAAUAUUUACCCCCUGUAUUGACCAGUUGGAUGGACAUGAAAGAAAGCCAUCUAUGUUGUGUGUCAUGCAGAUAGCACUGCUCACGUAGCUGUCCUGCUCUAUAGCUGUGCCUCAUAUCCGGGGUAUCUGGUAUACAAAUACCUCAGCUGCAUGAAGGAAUUAAUACUUGAUAAGAUUAUUCACAAAAUCUGCCAUGUACUUCUGUCAUGGUUGAAUAUUUGAACUUAUUUUCAAUUUACAGAAGUAAUC